AUGGCUUCAGCUGACUCUCUUCCGCGGUUUGGCCAGUCUGUUAAGUGUUUGUUAUCCGACAAAGUUGGGUUUUGCAGCGGGGAUGUGAUCGCACUGACCCGCCAGGUGCUGAAAGGAUCGCGUAGUCAAGAGGUAAAACAAUAUCAGAAAUCUUACCUUAUUUCUACCUUCACUUUGCGUCUUCGUCUUAGCACUAAAGACCGGAAACUUCACAGAACAGAUUCUCUUUCCAAAAUAAAAGCCUUACGAGGCUAUCCAGAAGAAUCCAGAAAGAUGGGAGAAAAAGGGGUUGUGUCCUGUCCUUUACUCUUACUCCUCCUCAUCAUCAUCCUCAUCAUGGCAGUGGGUGAUCUCCUGUGGAGCUUGAGGGAAGAAAUGGGCUGA